AUCCCCCAUCCCAUUUUGGCCCAUCUUCCGCUAGUUGCGUUCUGUCAGCAGAAUCGGGAAAAAGUAGCGUCGCGUUCAACGAGCUCCCGUAGGAGAGCUCCCGUAAGACGUGUUCAAUUGUUUCGUGAUGUGUUUUAUAAGUUUACAAUAGUUCCUUUGCCAUAGUUUUGAGUGUUAAAUGAUUUCGCUGGAUGUUUCCUAAAAUAGCGUUUUUGAUUCGGAUGUGUUUUUUUUCUACAUUGUCGUUGAGUGCUUUCUCCACCUCGCAGCUGUGUAUUUUGUCAACAAACCAAAUAGGGUGACCAGCACGUAGAUAGAAAUGUUGGGAAAUGCUGGGAAAUCUCGGAUGUUCUGAGGAAGAUUUCUACUAUGGCUGGCCUACAGUUCAUAGGAUUUGUUGUUACCGCGUUUGCGAUGAAAGAGAUGGAAUGUAUAAAUAAUGUGCAAAUUCAUCAUUUUACUCUUAUCGAUUGUUACCAGCUAAAAGCAUAGAGUACUUCGAUUAUAAUUUAUUUAUUAUCACCUUUCGAACUACGGCCCGAUCGUUUCCGUUUGUUUUGAAUGUUUGGACAAAGAAAAAGUUCAGAAGUAAAAACCGAUGUGUAAAGUUUAUUGUUUCUGUUAUUUUGAUUUUGCUUAGUAAAGUAACGAAACAACCAACGCACUAGUAAACUUAAACAAACCGGAUACUAUUUCGGUAAGUUUACAAAUGGCGGGAACGUGUUUGAAGCGUCACCCAGUCAGCACGUGCACGUUUCCAUGUCUUCCACAUUGUGUUAAACGUGGUAAACAGUUGUGUAUUUUUAUCACUGCAGAUAAGCGAUAACGCAGCUCGCAUUCAGAAAAUCAGCUGACCGACGAUGAAACCGAAGUCGCUUUUGCUGUAGAGACGUUUGCUAGACUUCGAGCAAAUUGCACUUGAGCUUCCUCCAGCGUGCAGUGAUUGAGUCCGGUGCCCAGGUGCGGUGCGGUCCUCUAGCGCAGAGACACUUUUGAUUAUGUAAAAACGUGUUGAAGACCGUUUGCAGUCGCUUCCCCGGUCGUAUCAGUGUGAUACACCGGAUCGUUUAAACAAUCACGCCCAGAUUAACUCUUUCAAGGGCUACCGGUUGGGCAGUAAAAAAGAGGUCACAAACGACGACGACACUGUUUGAUUCGGGCAGUCGAGCGUGACAGAACAACAUCAAAUAAACCACCGAGCAGUUUAGUGUGCGCUUACCGUGCAUGUGUGAUAAUGCAAUUGGGGCCAAAGUACGGUCGUUUUAAGAUUCGGCUACCAACGGAACCGACGGAAACGAAUGAGUGAAGUGUUACUAGCGUUAAGCAAUUGUGCCAAAAAAGUGACAAAAAAGCAACAUUGCUCAGUGAUUGAAGAAAGACCAAAGUGUACGAAAAAUGUGCUCCAAUCACUAACGGCCAAAGCCAAUCUCCAAUGUAAUGCAGGGCCACGUGAACUGCAACAAAGCUGUGCACCGUCUGAUUUGUCGUUAUGGAAACCACUGCUAAAUCAGCAAUGGCUGAGAGAAAUGGAAAUAUGAAGGGAUUUAAGCUAGAGCCCUCAUCGCCACCACUUCAGCGAACCAAAGCACCCGACGGAGGCUGGGGAUGGAUGAUUGUAUUUGCCUACGGGCUUGCCAAUAUCAUGAUCGUACCGGUGCUGCAAAGUUUCGGGCUAAUCUUCAGAGACACCUUUCUGGAGAUCAAUAUUUCUGCCACCAAAGCGUCGAUCAUCAUUAACCUAGCUUCAGCUGUUGGCAUGGCGCUCGGUUUAUUCAAUGGGCCACUGUUGCGAAGGUACGGCUUCCGAAAGCUGGCCGUGGCCGGUGGAUUCCUCUUCUCUGCCGGCUUGAUGCUGACCUCCUCGGCGGUACAUUUCGCACACUUCAUCAUUACCUACAGUAUUAUAGCAUCUCUUGGGAUGGGUUUCUGCAAUUCGUCCUUCUCGCUCGCGUUAAACACAUACUUUGUAGUGCGUCGAAAUAAAGCCGCCGGCAUUGCGAUGACCAUCACCGGAUUGGGCCCGAUUCUGUUGCCCCAGCUCGUGUCUCUUCUGCUCGGUCUGUACGGUGCGCGUUACUGUCUGCUAAUUAUUGGUGCAUUGGCCACGCAUAUCAUUGUCGGUGGUUUGCUUCUGCAGCCCGUCAAGUGGCACAUGUUGACUAUACCGGCCGUACCAACGGAUCAUCUCGAUGCUGCAGCAGCACUGUCUUGUCCACCGGUUGAGGUUAAAAUUAUGCCAGCGUCUGAGGAUUGUCCCGAGAAAGGUAUCGAAGAAACGCAGGAGGAGGAAAAAUUGCUGGAAAAGUGCAGUUUCAUCGAUUACGACGUAGAUGCACAGAGUGUCUACGGGUUUGAGCUGACGUCACAGUUACGACAGCGAGAAUCGUUCUCUCAGCCGCCGGGAGGAUGUAUGUCCAAUGCUUCAGUUCUUGCUCCGGUUCGACGAUGUCCUUCUGAGACGCGUUCUCUGAAAGCUGAACUAACGUCAGCAGAAGAACGACCCUUACGCUGGUUCCAGUCGGGCUCGGUGGAAAGUGUACAUCUCGGCAGCUCAUUAGCCAUGUGGGACGAUCGCGACUCAUCGGUUACAUUGGCCGAGGAUCGUUUCGUGCAGUCGGAGGAACAGCAACAGCGUCGUCCAUCAGCUCACAGGCGCUUCUCGAGCUUUAUUAAUGCACGAUUUACACCGCUACAGAAACGUUGGUUCGAAGGAUCGGCCGAAACGGUCAAUCUUGGUAGCUCGAUGAAGAUCUUCGACGAACGAUACGCUGGACCAAGGCGUGGUUCCCUUGGUAGUGGUGUACCAAUGAGCGGCGGAGGAAAACUACCGGCCCUUAGCGAAAACCAGGGCCUUACCGAUGAAACAUCCCAUCUGCCAUCGAUCGUGCGGCAGCUCGAAAAUACCAAAGCACCCUUACCGUCCACCGUGCCAAAUGAUACCGCCACCGGUGCAAAGUCGGAAGGAUUUUUUACCAAAGUGGUCAACAUGUUUGAUCUGACGCUGCUGCAGGAUAAAGUGUACCUGAACAUGAUGCUGGGCAUGUCGAUAGCCGUAUUUGCGGAAAUUAACUUUUCUCUGCUGACACCUUUCAUCCUGGGCGAUCUGGGAUACAGCACGGAGCAGAUCGCUUCAAUCAUGUCGACGCUGGCGUUGGCCGAUCUGUUAUUCCGCUUCAUUAGCCCGUUCGUGGGUGACUUCCUAAAGCUUAGCCCGCGUAUCAUGUACAUGAUCGCACUGUCUAUGCUGAUUGUGACGCGGUUUAGUAUUCUACUUGCGCGAUCGUACGACGAGAUGGUGAUCGUAGCGUUCGGACUCGGUGUCGCCAAGGGUGUGCGAUCAGUGUACAUGAGUCUGGUCAUACCGAGCUACAUACCGCUCAAACGGUUACCGUCGGCAUCGAGCAUACAGAUGACCACGAACGGGAUCGUGCUGAUGACGAUCGGUCCGUGUGUGGGAGCGUUACGCGAUUGGACCGGCAGCUACUCGAAAAGCAUCAUUCUCAUCAACGGAUUUACCAUUGUAACGCUGGUGAUGUGGAGCGCAGAACUAAUAUACGUACACCGUUGGCGUAACCGCGCCAAACAGAAGGUACCACCAAAUUCCGCUGCCGUAACGAUUAUCGUUUCCUGAUACUCGCCCGUGGCAAUACUUUUUCUAACCUGUGUUCUCAUCAGUGCUGUAACAAUAAAGAAAACAACGUCAAUCAAACCAAA